GUGCGAAUGUAGCCGCGGUUUGUGCCAGUAGCGCACACGACCGUAAGAAGUUUGUGUUGGGCCGAGGUGGACAAAAGGGAUCGCGCGUGAAAGUGAACGUUUGGAGGAAGAUUUUUUUUUCUUGUGGCCAUUAGAAUCGAAUGCCAGCUUCCCACCAGUCUUCCCAAUCGCAGCGCCGCCAGUGUUUUGUAGGGUGGUAAGCGUAUUAACGGUGUAGCAUCAACACCGAAUAGAGUGGCGCUCAACAGUUAGAACACUGGGUGGGUCGUUCGGCUGAUUAGUGUGUGUGUGUAUGUGUGCCCGUUCCUGUUUAUAAAUAUUUUGAGUGUGUACUCUAGUUGAGCGCACACUUUUUCUCAGCUGGAAAAUCCGGUUCCUGUGCCCCCCCAAGUCGUUUUCCACAGAUCGAGUACCGUAGGAACGUCGGACCAACCGAAAAUCCCCGUUCAAUGUCGUUCAGUGUGGCUUACUGUUGCAGUGCAGUGUAGUGCGUUUGGCCGAGAGAAAAGCUGCGAAAAACCAGACCCGAAAUUAACUCGUGUGAAAACAAGCCGGGAAGGAAAACAAGAAGAAGAAAACGCGGACGCGAAACUCUUGCCCGGCUGGUGGUGAUCGUUUUUCCCGUUGCCAGGAGGGUUACUAGAUUCGACACUCGAGUGGUGGGUUAGCGGAGUGUGUCAUCGCGUUUGAGGAAGUGUAUCGUUUACCAAGGAAGGACGACGGGGGUGAGCGAGUAGCCCGCGAGCAGCGAGAUCAGCGUCAGUGGCAGAAACCAAGCAGGAGUAACUUGAUCUUUUGGCGGUUUGUCGGCAACCGGCGGACCGAGAAACAACAUAAUAGUGUGCUUCACAACCGUCCAGAUAAAUACGGGCCAAAAAAGAUCAAUGCUUCAACGGAUAAGGUCUAGAGUUCUUCCACCCACGGCAACGAUAUCCAGAUAUUUAUCCCUUUCGAUCGUUACCAGUGAUAGUCGUUUGUUUAGUUCGUACCAAUUAGCGAAGAAGCCAUCGUAAAUCGUAAAUCACUGUACUCUGAGGAGUAAACGGAAGUAGUAACAAAUCGUAAUCGUACGACUGCAAAUAUACAUACGACUUCAACAUGUUUAAUCGACUACGCAUGCGGAAGGAGAAACCUUCGAAAUCGGAAACGAUUUCGACGACCAACACCACCGUCAUACAGGAUGCUGCAAAGGACAACAAAAAGUUAAUCCUGGACAAUAGCCGCUGGGAGAGACGUCUCCAGAAGGAACUGAUGUCUUUAAUUAAGGAACCUCCGCCAGGUGUGUCAGUAGACGAGGAAAGUGUCAGUCAAAACCUAACGCAGUGGAUCAUAAACAUAGACGGUGUGGAAGGAACACUAUACGAAGGUGAACAUUUUCAGUUGUUAUUUAAAUUCAACAACAAAUACCCAUUCGAUUCGCCCGAGGUAACUUUUAUAGGCUCAAAUAUUCCCAUACAUCCGCACGUCUACUCGAACGGUCACAUAUGUCUUUCGAUCCUAACGGAUGACUGGUCGCCAGCGUUGUCAGUACAAUCAGUGUGUCUUAGUAUAUCGUCGAUGUUGAGCAGCUGUCGAGAGAAAAGGCGACCGCCGGACAACGGCAUUUACGUGAAGACGUGUAACAAAAAUCCCAAAAAAACUAAAUGGUGGUACCAUGAUGAUUCCGUGUAAGAAGUCGCCGGCCCUAGGUGUGACAUAAGUGACGUACGACUGGAGGGACGAAGAGAAGAAAGAACCCGAUGUUAGUCGAUUCCAUCGAGCAUGAGUUUGAUCGUUGUUUCGCGCAUACACCCCACAUGAAACAGUUAACAACACGUCCGCGAUAAAUCUACCAGUCGAAUUAACUGUAGCUUACAAAUUUGAAUUAAGAGCACUUGUAAGUAAACCGUUUUUCAUUUCAUUUAUUCCUCACACGUCACGUCGUGUUAGUUUGCUCCUAUUUUACUCCUCUUGAAACAGUUCUCAUAUUAUGGGAAUCGUAGAGUAGUAGUGGCCCACCUUCGGAAGUGCUUACCGCCGUAGCUUAUUUCGCAAAAAAUAAGCGUUCGAAAAUCAGUGCUGUCGACACAAGCAGCUCUGUAGCGCUGUGAAACGCUUCGUUUAUCGUUUUCGUUCCCUAACCUUACGGCGGAAGAGCACCAGAGCAGAGGUUCGGAAAAUAAUAAAGCAUUAAAGCAAAGCACGCGUUCUGCUCGGCGUUUGAUGCUUUCGUUUGCUCCCACCUAUAUAAGCUAAAGUAGUAGAAUGUUGUGGAAAAAACGAUUAAAACGGUCUCCGCAGUGACCGAGAAACAGUGAUAUGGGACGAUGGAGGAUGCAAAACACUUACCUUAAAGCACGACAGCACGACGACUGUGUGUAGGCUUCGGCGGAGGGAAGAAAUCAAUCAGAAGGGGUAGUGUCCACUUGACGCCGUAGUAUUGGUAGCAUACAAUUCCUCUAUAAAUGCUUGAUUAAUAUUUGAAUUUAUUUAUUAUCUUCCUAUUACCAUUUUUUUUUUGUUUGCUGGCUCAUCUGGUUCGAUGGAUAUGCCGCGCGUCUCUUGCGUAAGUAAGAGAACAAAGAAACCAGUCAAUAAAUUAGGCUUAAACGAUAGUUUUAGUUCUUUAGCUUAGUGGUACGAUAUGAGAUCCGUUUUGAAACAUUAGUUCUAUGUGAGAGUGGCUCUGAUGGUGGCUUGCAACUGGCAGCAGUUUCCAGUAAAUUGUCCGUCCCAGUGUGACUGGGCGAAUGGACCCCCCCCCACUCGUAUGUCACGCCUCAUGAAAGCCUUUUGAAUGCAGCAGAUGCGAAAAGUAGACAAAAAAGCAACAGAUUGAACAAGGUAAACCGUGUUUCGUACAUUGUGUUCAUGUUUGGUUUCGUCGCUGGCAGGGGUUUCGCAGCCAUGAAGCAAUGCAAACUAUAUAGUAAACAAAAAUGCAUAAGAGAAAAAAGAAGGAAAAAAAAACAGUUUGCAGGAGUACUAUAUAAGAACGUUUAGAUAAAGCAAACAAACAAAUACAAAUACACCAAAUAUCAAAAUUAUUCUGCAACAUUCCUUGCAACUAGCCUCUCACGCAGUAGAGACAGCUGGCACGAAAAAAAAGCAAAACGCAAAACGCAUACUUGAGCAUACACAAGCAAACAAACAAGAAAAAUGGAAGAAAAAAACAAACAAAAAUGGCUAAAUGGUAGAGUCGUCGUCGUUGUGUUAAAUUUUACUUACCAGUCGUAUAAGGCAAAGAGAUUAGACAGGUAGAAUAUAUACAUAUAGUAUGGAAUAAAUGAUUGAAAUUUAACA